UGGUGUGACAAAAAAAAAAAGGGGAAGAGUGGAUUUCCUCUUCUCAGUAUUAUGAAUGAAUGUCUGGUUCUUUAAUGUUAGCCCUUAACUAGUUAUUAUCAGAUAAAAAAAUCAACACGGUGCUGAUAACGAGCUGAACUAAGCUCGAAUAAAUUACUUCGAGAUGUCUGCGAGUGCGGUGUAUGUCUUGGAUUUGAAAGGAAAGGUCCUCGUGUGUCGAAACUAUCGGGGAGAUGUGGACAUGUCGGAGAUUGAGCACUUCAUGACUCUUCUGAUGGACAAAGAGGAGGAGGGGACGCUCUCUCCAAUCUUGGCCCACGGAGGAGUCCGUUUCAUGUGGAUCAAACACAAUAACCUCUACUUGGUCGCAACGUCCAAGAAAAAUGCUAGUGUCUCUCUGGUCUUCUCCUUCUUGUACAAAAUUGUCCAGGUGUUUUCAGAGUAUUUCAAAGAAUUGGAGGAGGAGAGCAUCAGAGAUAACUUUGUCAUCAUAUAUGAACUGAUGGAUGAACUGAUGGACUUUGGCUAUCCUCAGACCACAGACAGCAAAAUUCUGCAAGAAUACAUAACCCAGGAGGGGCACAAGCUUGACACUGGCGCCCCGAGACCCCCUGCCACAGUCACCAACGCUGUCUCCUGGAGGUCAGAGGGCAUCAAGUACAGGAAGAACGAGGUCUUCCUGGACGUCAUUGAGUCAGUCAACCUCCUGGUUAGUGCCAAUGGUAAUGUUCUGCGUAGUGAGAUCGUGGGCUCCAUUAAGAUGCGCGUCUUCCUGUCUGGAAUGCCGGAGCUGCGGUUGGGACUGAACGACAAGGUUCUGUUUGAAAACACUGGACGGGGUAAGAGUAAAUCAGUCGAGUUGGAAGAUGUCAAGUUCCACCAGUGUGUCCGUCUGUCUCGCUUUGAGAACGAUCGCACCAUUUCUUUCAUUCCCCCUGAUGGAGAGUUUGAGCUCAUGUCCUACCGCCUCAACACUCAUGUGAAGCCCCUGAUCUGGAUUGAAUCUGUUAUUGAGAAGCACUCCCACAGUCGGAUCGAGUACAUGAUCAAGGCAAAGAGCCAGUUCAAAAGGCGUUCCACAGCCAACAACGUGGAGAUCCACAUUCCUGUGCCAACGGACGCUGACUCACCCAAAUUCAAGACCACAGUGGGCAGCGUGAAGUGGGUGCCUGAGAACAGCGAGAUUGUCUGGUCCAUCAAGUCCUUCCCUGGUGGAAAAGAGUAUUUGAUGCGAGCCCACUUCGGUCUGCCGAGUGUCGAGGCCGAAGACAAGGAGGGGAAGCCACCAAUCAGUGUCAAGUUUGAGAUUCCGUAUUUCACCACCUCUGGCAUUCAGGUGCGUUACCUGAAGAUCAUCGAGAAGAGUGGGUAUCAGGCCCUGCCGUGGGUGCGCUACAUCACCCAGAACGGAGAUUACCAGCUCCGGACCCAGUAGGCAGCAGGCAGGUGGAACUCAGAGGGGGCGGAGUCAAGCCGCUAAUGUGAUAUCAAAUGGCAGGUGUCAGUCAUGAGAUCAACUGUCGGUAUCAUUUUUUUUAUUUUUUUUUAUUUGUUUAAGGUAUAUUCAUUUCGGAUCAAUGCAAAUAUUAGAAGGAGCCUUCGCUUAGGAAAGGUUUGAAAAAAAGAAUUAAUUACGUCAUACUACUGUGUGGCUCCUAAUGUGAGCGAGGCCAAUACAGCAAGAGUAAAGUUUACAUCUAACCCAAGAGUAAAAUCGUAUCACAGCGGGUCAAAUAGUUUAAAAAGAGUAUGUUACAUUUGUUACUGUAAUCACGUCCACACAGGUUUAAAACACGCUCCGGUCAGUGUAGUAGAUGAAGCUGCUUUGUUCUACCACAAUUCCUCUUUUGUUGAUUUAUCUGUAUAUAUUUGUUACAUGUCAAUGGACUUGGACUCAGUGUUAUCCGUUGUAAAUUUAAAAAGCUCACUUGUUUUUGUACCAUUACCUCCGUGUUGAUGCCAUUGAUACAUGCCAGAGUGAUGCCUGCCUGCUCGGCUGUUGUGCUUUCUAUUCGUCAGUGUGACUCCUCGGACAUUCAGCUUUGCAUAAAAACAUGAAGUGCGCUCAUUGAAGUUACUCAGUAAAACAAAAAAGAGCAGUUAUAAAUCCCUGUUUUUUCCACCCCCCGACACCUGUUUCCCCUUUCCCCUCUAUGUAACCACGCUGUUUUAAAUCAUUAAAUGUCUAUUUAGAGAAAAGUU